GCUAGAUUUAGGGACUGCGAGGACGACUCCACUGCUCCGCCAGCCGCGACCACUCCCCUCUGUGCCCCACCGGUGGAGGAAUGCAUGAAACAGAGAUCCCCGAUUGGAUCGAUCCGACCAAUGCUUGUAGAGUAGUGAUUGAUGUAUCUUCCUACUCAACUGUUGAGGAGGAUCGAUCCGUGUACAAAAAGGGCAGACGCUUGGAUUGGUGGGUGGAUGCUGAUGAGUACUCCAUCAUUGACAUGGAGAAAGAUGUUUUGGAUCACUUCAGUUGGGGUAGCUAUCAGGAAGCAAACUUUUGGUAUGUGGGUCAGAACAAAGAAACAGUUCGCCUUGGUUCUGACCAAGAGCUUCUAACUUUGCUGCGAGGUUCAAAAAAGGUGGAGUUUAUCAUGACUGUAGAUAGAUGUGUGCAUGUUGACAUGGCUUUGACUGUGACUGAAAUGGAGAAUGAAAGACAAGUGUCAGUUCAAGAAAAUCAUGUGCCAGAUAGAUGUGUGCAUGCUGAUAUGGCUUUGACUGUGACUGCAAUGGAGGAUGAAAGUCAAGUGUCAGUUGAAGAAAAUCAAGUGGCAGAUUUGGAUGGUCUAGAAUGGGCCUUGGAACCUCAACUGGGUGUUACAGCUGCUGGUCCUUCCAGAGUAGUAGAGGAGGGUAACCAUGAUUUGGACCCCGGUGUUGACCAUGAGGGAGAUGAUCCAGUUGGAGCUGAUGAAGAGUGGAGGUAUUUCAAGAAGAAAAUGCAGGUACAGGGAGAAGGAAGUAAUGAGAAAGUGCAGCAAGAAAAAAAGAAAGUGGACAGCAAAAAAUCUGUAACUGAAGACAUUGAUCCUGAGGCUGUGCCAAGUGAUGAGGCCACCAUGUUGCGGGAUGCUCCAUAUGUUCCACACACUACAUAUGACAGAGACAACCCUGAUAUAAAGGAAGGUUCAACAUUUCCUGAUAAAAAGACCUUCAAGCUAAUGAUUCAGCAAUAUGCCAUAAAAAGGGAGUUUCAAACAUUUGUGGAGCAUAGUGAUAAAACAAGAUAUAGGGCACGAUGUGCAGAUUCAGAGUGUGGAUGGAAAGUUCAUGCAAAGAAACUUCGUGGUUGCCCCACUUUCAUGGUAUACUACUAUGCAAGGUUUUUGUUUCAUAAUUAGUUCC